AUGGUAAAAAUUGGAAAGCUUUGCGACUCUACAGAAGCUAUUCUCAAAGCGGGUGUUCCCAGGCGCUUCGAGAGACAAAAAUCGCCCUCGGAGGAGAGUGAUGCUAGUAUGAAAAGCUUCACUGAUACUGGCUCUGUCAAAGAUGGCCAAUUUGAUGCCGAUAUGGAUGAUUCGAUUACCGGAUCCCCUUCCGAGACAACGGAUAGAUCUGCAGAGGAGGCUGCACCGGAUUUCUUGGGAAAGUGGAUAGAUCGAACAGCGGAAGGGGACGCGGAAACGCAGGAGGGAAAAGAAGCAAAACGCGCAAUUCAUGAGGUGGUGGCGCGGACCAAUGCUAUCGAGAGUAUUGAAGCCUGGAAGGAAGAACUUAAGCAGUUGCAUGACCACUUGGAUAUCUCAUCGAAAAUGAUUAAUGAUAUGAGAAGGAGUCUGAAAGAGUUGAACAGAACUGGGUUCUAUGGGGUCCCCGAGCAGUGA